GCGCGCGCGCGCUACAGGGUCAUUAUUAUCACCACCACCUCCUCCACACGAGCGCAGGAUCAGAGAGAGAGAGAUAAACACACACACACACACACACACACACGCGAUGAGUGAGCAGCAGAAGUCGGUGAAAGCGGACGCGGUGCCGCGGCUGCAGCUCUUUAACUGCGUGCACGCGGACUGCGGAGCGACGUUCACGCGCCGGUGGCGUCUCGAGGAGCACGAGACCGCGCACACUGGAGCGCGGCCACACAAAUGCCCCGCGGAAGGAUGCGCGCGCAGCUUCUCGCGCAGGUCGCACCUGAGCAGGCACGCGCUCAAACACAAAGGCCAAAGCUUCAGGUGCACUGCGGCGAGCUGCAGUAAAGUCUUCUCCAGCAGGGACAAGCUGAGGAGACAUGUCCGCUACGCGCACGCGGACAAGGAGCGCUUCUUCACGUGCACGUUUCCCGGCUGUGUGAUGACGUUCCGGAAGCGGCGCUUGCUGAAGCUUCACCAGGCAACUCACGGCGUCUUCCCGGGUUUCAGGUGCUCGAAGGCCGGCUGCAGCCUGACGUUCAGCACACGCGUCGCCCGAAAAGCUCACGAGAAAACACACACAGGUUAUCGCUGUCCUCACUCGCAGUGUCCGGUUGUGGAACACACGUGGGGUAAACUACAGAAACACGCAGCUAAACACCCAGCCUCGCACUCCUGCUCCACGUGUAAGAAGACGUUUGGGAAACUGGACGCUCUGCGGCGGCACAAGCGCACUCACGCUCCGCAGAAGCCCGUGCUGCUGUGUCCGAGCGACGGCUGCCAGGCCUACUUCUCCACCACCUUCAACCUGCAGCACCACAUCCGCAAAGUCCACCUGAAGCUGCUGCGCCAUCACUGCUCCUUCCCCGGCUGCGAGAAAGCCUUCGCCAUGAGGGAGAGUCUGGUGCGUCACAUGCUCCAUCACGACCCCGACGCCGCAAAACUCAAGCGGAGACAGAAGCGGAGCAGUAAGAGCUGGCAGAAGCGUCUGGAGGGUCGAAGCCGGGGCUCUCUGGUGGAAGACGAUCUGCGGCGUCUGUUUACUCUGCGCAUGCGCUUCUCUCGCCGCACCAAGCUGGAGGCUAACCUGUCGGGAUUAUUCAACGAGCGCAAAAUCCCACGCCACGUCGACCCCGAGGUGAACCUGCGCGACCUCUUCAACAUCAAACCCCCUCAAAAGGUCAAAGGUUAAGCUGUGACUACAUUCAGAUCAACAUUUAAGAAGAAAAUUAGCUUUUUGUUAAUUAUUUUUUUUUACAUUCAGGACAAUGAAGUCCAAAAUUCUUUUUUUUUAUUGGAAUGAAAUCAGAUUUAAGUUCAAAUGGAAUAGUGUAAUUUUGAAGGAGAAUUUUUAUUCAUGCUUUGAGUUUUUCUAAAUGCAUAGAGGAUGGAUUGUGAACGCAAAUUUAAAGUAAACACUGCUUUUUGUUUAAAAUCACGUGAAAGCACUUGGCUCAGUGGAGAGUUUUUUACUCAGUCUGUAGAUUUUAUUUAUUUUCAUGGAUAAAAUAACCUGAGCUUUAAUUUUGGUGCAGGUUUGAGAAAACUAAUGUCUAAUUUUGAAUAAUUUUAGUAAAUCUCUUGCAUGACCAAGUUAAUAAAUGGAUGAAGCUGAA